AUUCCUAGUGGCUGUGUAGUGCGCUAUAGAAAACAUAGUUCCUUGUGUUUCAAGUGCAACGAAAGCUACAAGUGAACUUCAAAGACAGACUCGGGUACAAAAUGAUCAAACAAUUUCUCCGACCGCUGCUUUUGGUUCGUCCGCUUCGCUGUAUGGUGGAUGAACGGUUCGACGUGCGCGUGCACGGUUUACUGCCCGGGGUUCGAGUCACGCUGCACGCGCAGUUCCAGUCUGAGGAUGGGGAUUUUUGGGAAGGUUUUGGUCACUAUGUUAGCAAUGAGACAGGAAAUGUCACAGUGUCUAAAGAUACCAGUCUUGGUGGAUCAUAUGAUGGAGUUGAACCCAUGGGUCUGCUGUGGAGUAUGAGACCUAUUCCUGGAAGCAGGACAGGCCUCAGGUAUAGGAAGAAGGAUGUCCAGGCACAGACUGACCUACACAUAUCUGUGUACAAAGGCCAAUUAACAGACAGAUUCCAAGAGAAAACACCGAUAGCAUCAGUUGUGGCACAGCGGUGGUACAUGGCCCCUGGUGUCCUGAGAGUUGAUGUUACAGAGAAAGGAUUAAAGGGGACCCUUUUUAUCCCACCAGGUCCUGGUCCUUUUCCAGCUGUGCUAGACCUCUGGGGUGGAGGAGGGGGUCUAGUGGAGUAUCGCUCUGCUCUACUAGCAUCUAAAGGCUACGUCGCAUUAUCUUUAGAGUAUAGUGACCAAAAAGAUGCUGUUGGCAAGCCACGGACUGUGGGGAUAGAAUAUUUUGAGGCAGCCAUCAAUGUGCUGAGGCAACAUCCACAGGUGUGUCCUGAAAGAAUCGGCAUUUUGGGUUUGUCAUAUGGGGCUUUUUUGUCCAUGCACAUGGCGAUAUUUUCUUCAGUGAUAAAGCCCAGGUGUAUUGUCUGUAUUAGUAGUAGCCAUGUUCUACCUGUCAGUGGAUCAAGAGUUGAUAUGUCAGGACUGAUAAAAAAAAUGAGCCAGAAAAUGCGCUAUGAUGAGGAAAAGAGGCAGAUUUGGCGAGAAUCUCUGAAACCAAUACCAGUUGACACUCUGAACAAACUUGACAUGGGUCGUAUUAAAUGUCCUGUUUUAUUGAUUGUUGGGGAAGAUGAUCAAAAUUGCCCUGCAUCAGAAUCAGCAGAUGACAUGAAGCAGAUGAUGGAGCGAGCUGGUAAUAGUCACUUCUUGACCGUUCUGUCCUACCCAGGAGCCGGCCACCUUAUAGAGCCUCCUUACACUCCACAUUGCCGAGCCAGUAACUUCAUGAUGGCAGGGACAGGGACUACAGUGAUGGUGCUGUGGGGUGGACAGACAAAGGCUCACAGUCAAGCUCAGGAAGAUUCCUGGCACAAAACCCUGGCCUUUUUUGAGCAGCACCUCUACAGAAACACAAGCAAUUAAAGUCAGAUUUAAUCACAUUUAUUCCAGAAUGGAGCCUGUGCCUAUCUCAGGUGUCAUCGGGCAUCAAGGCAGGAUACACCCUGGAUGGAGUGCCAACCCAUCGCAGGGCACACACACACACACUCAUUCACUCACGCAAUCACACACUACAGACAAUUUUCCAGAGAUGCCAAUCAACUCAACCUACCAUGCAUGUCUUUGGACCGGAGGAGGAAACCGGAG